AUGAGGAUCGCCUGCCUUCAGUUCGCGCCGCAGGUCGGGGAUGUCAACAACAACCUGAAUCGCGCCGAUGCUGUCUUGAGCAAAGCGAACCCUGACGAUCUUGACCUUCUCGUUCUGCCUGAGUUGGCUUUUUCUGGCUACAACUUCAAGUCAUUGAGCGAGAUAUCUGCCUUUCUCGAACCCACCGGCGCCGGCAUUACUUCACUCUGGGCCAGGACGACUGCUCUCAAGUACAAUUGUGUUGUCGCGGCUGGUUAUCCGGAGAAAGUCGACGUUUCACAAAAGUGGCCAACUUCACCGGAGUACUAUAACUCUGCCAUCCUCGUAAAUGAAGACGGGGAGACGAUUGGCAAUUAUCGAAAGUCACACCUCUAUUACACCGAUGAAACAUGGGCUCUUGAGGGAUCAGAUGGAUUCUACAGCGGCCAUAUACCCGGUGUCGGUAACGUAUCCAUGGGAAUCUGCAUGGACCUCAAUCCAUACAGAUUUGAAGCACCUUGGCACGCCUUCGAAUUUUCGUUCCAUUGCUUAGAAGUUGCUGCCAAUGUCGUCAUCCUCUCUAUGGCCUGGUUAACACGAGAAGAGCCUCGACACUUCAGUCGCAUGCCCAAAGAACCCGAUAUGGAGACAUUAACCUACUGGAUAAAACGGCUAGAGCCUCUCAUCCGCUCCGACAAUGAUGAUGAGAUCAUAGUCGUCUUUGCCAACCGGACUGGCAUGGAAGAACAUGCGGUAUAUGCAGGCACCAGCGCCGUCGUGGGCGUCCAAAACGGCGAGGUCAGCGUCUACGGCUUACUUGGCCGAGGCGAGAAGGAGCUGCUAGUCGUGGAUACAAGCCUGCCUCCUUUUGCAAAACUGGUGUAUCGUCCAGAUGGGGAAUCUGAGGCUGUAGCUCCAGCCCCCCCCCUUCUAUUCCGGGAUGCCGCAGGGUUCAACACAGGGACACACAACCUCCCAAUCGCCCACCUCAAGCACUGUCUCAAAAGCUUCAUGUACUUCUGA